AUGGGGCAUUUGCCUCCCAAUUGCGUGAAACGCCGACUGUUUUGCGACCAGCUACCCCGCGAAUUGUGGCGGCGCUGCAAGGACGAGCUGCUCUGCCUGAAGUGCACGAAGAAGUACAGCGACUGGCGCAGCCUGCGGAAGCACAUGAAUUUUUUCUGUCAAAUGGAGCCGCUCUAUCCUUGCCCGUUUUGCACGCACAGAGCCAGGAUACCCACCCUGUUAAGAUACCACGUGGCACGCGAGCACACCGCCCCCGUUUCCGUCGAGGAGAUCUGCGGCGACCUGGGCUAUCUGCUGGACGACGCGGCGGACCAGUCCGGCAAGCCGAUCUUUAUCUGCCCGCGUUGCGGCAAGGGUUACACGUGGAAGGCGAGCCUGCAGCGGCACCUGAGCACCGGCUGCGGUCUGCCGCCGAUGUUCUGCUGCAGGAUUUGCGAGUACAGGACCAGCCGGAAGGACAUACUGUUCAGGCACAUGAGACACGUGCACUCGCAGUUCCUGGCUUAG